CUCGCGAAGGCGCUCGCGUUCUACCAACAGCUACAAUGCGACGACGGCCACUGGGGCGGCGACUACGGCGGCCCCCACUUCCUGUCGCCGGGCUUGGUGGUUGUGUGGUACGUCACGGGCCGGCGCGACGACGUCCUCGACGAGCACCAGCGGCGGGCCAUGGUCCGCUACUACGAGAACCACCAGCAGACCGACGGGGGCUGGGGCACGCACGUCGAGUCGCCGUCGACCAUGUUCGGCAGCGUGCUGACCUACGUGGCUUUACGGCUUCUCGGCGAGCCCGCCGACGCGCCGGCCUGCGCCGCGGGCCGCAAACUCAUCCUGGAGCAGGGCGGCGCGUGCUACACGUCGUCGUGGGCCAAGUUCGCGCUGUGCCUUUUAGGCGCCAUGGACUGGGAGGGCCACGAGUCCGUGCCGCCGGAGAUGUGGCUGCUGCCCUGCUGGUGCCCCUUUCACCCCUGCCGCAUGUGGUGCCACGCGCGCAUGGUCUACCUGCCCAUGGGCUACCUCUGGGGCAAGCGGUGGACCUACGAGAACGCCGACUCGGACCCGGUCGUGCUCGCGCUGCGCGACGAGCUCUACCCGGCGUCGCCGGCCUACGGUGCCAUCCCCUGGCGCGCGACGCGGUCCUGGGUCGCGCCCAUGGACGACUACUCGCCCGUGCACCCGCUCAUGGUCGCGGCGCAGCGGUUCCUGAGAGUCUACGAGGACCUCGGCGGCCCGCUCCGGCGCUACGCGCGCCGCAAAGGCCUGGCGUUCAGCGCCGACUACUGCCGGGCCGAGGACCUCCAGACGAACUACGUCUGCAUCGGCCCCGUGAACAAGGUCUACAACAUGCUCGUCGCCUACGACGACCGGCACGCCGACGGCGGCGAGGCGCUCGCGCGCCACGCGCUCCGCGUGCCCGACUACCUCUGGGUCGCCGAGGACGGCAUGAAGAUGCAGGGCUACAACGGCAGCCAGUGCUGGGACGCGUCCUUCGCGACGCAGGCCAUCGCGGAGUCCGAUUUGGGCGACGACGCGCGGUUCCGCGACUGCGCGAAAAAGGCCUGGUCCUACCUCGAGCGGACCCAGAUCCUCUCCACGACAACCUCCCAGGCGUCGCCGGCCUUCGCCUUCGAGGCGCCAAAGCUGCGCGAGCGGUACUUCCGCCACGUGUCCAAGGGCGGCUGGCCCUUCUCGACGUCGGCGCACGGCUGGCCCAUCUCCGACUGCACGGCCGAGGGCCUCAAGAGCGUGCUCGCGCUCAGAUCCCUCGCGUGCGUCGGCGAGUGCGCGCCCAUCGGCUACGAGCGGCUCUGCGACGCCGCGGACGUCGUCCUCGCGCUGCAGAACGCCGACGGCGGCUACGCGACGUACGAGAACACGCGGGGCUACGGCUGGUACGAGUGGCUCAACCCGUCCGAGGUCUUCGGGGACAUCAUGAUCGACUACUCCUACGUGGAGUGCUCCAUGGCGCUCGCGCGCUUCCGCGAGGCGUGCCCGGACCACCGCGCGGCGGAGAUAUCCGCGGCGCUGAAGCGCGGCAACGCGUUCCUGCGGUCCAUCCAGCGCGCCGACGGCUCCUGGUACGGCUCCUGGGCCUGCUGCUUCACCUACGCGGGCUGGUUCGGCAUCGAGGGUUUAGUGGAUUCGGGCGAGGACCUGCGCGAGGACCCGAAGACGUCGGAGCCCGUCGCGCGCGCGUGCGCGUUCCUCCUGCGCCACCAGCGGCCCAACGGCGGCUGGGGCGAGGACUUCACGUCCUGCUUCGACAAGGCCUACGCGAAGCACGGCAUGGAGGCCUACGGCGACGCGGAGGGCGCGGGCGUCGUCUGCACGGGUUGGGCGCUCCUCGGCCUCAUGGCGGGCGCGUGCGCGGACGCCGACGCCGUCGCGCGGGGCGUCGCCUACCUCGAGGCGCGCCAGCUCCCGGACGGCGACUGGCCCCAGGAGGGCAUCUCCGGCGUCUUCAACCGGUCCUGCGGCAUCACCUACACGGCCUACCGCAACGUGUUCCCCAUGUGGGCCCUCGCGCGCUACAAGAACUCCUACGUCCCCGCCAUGGCCUCCGCGUCCAUCAACUAG